AUGACCGAAGAAACAACGAGACUCCAUAUCGUUCCUCUCACUCCCGACCUUCUUCCUUCGGUUCUGCCUCCCUCUCUCCGUCAAUCUGCCACCGACGUUUCGUUCCACUCCAUUCCCACCUUCCCCGAAAACAGCUACGGCUAUAUCACGUUGCCGACCAUGGACGCAGAGAAAAUCAAGAAGAAGCUUAACGGCUCUAUUUUGAAGGGCAAGAAAUUUAAAGUUGAGACUGCCCGUCCUUCGAAGAGGCAGAGAGUCGAAGAGGAAGCUGCCGAAGUCCCUGCGGAGGAAAAAAAGAAAUCGAAGAAGCGCAAGUCAAAGGACGUGAAGGACGAGAUGCUGGAUGGUUAUGAAAUCUCCUCGGACCGAAAAGUCAAGCGCGGCUGGACCGAACCUUCCAAGAAGGAAAGGCGCAGAUCGGACAAGCGGAAUAAGGACGACAAGAAAGAAAAACCGCAGCCCAAGUCCAAAUACACCGAAAAGGCCGAAUGCCUAUUCCGAACAAAACUUCCGCCCAAUCGGUUGUCUGCCGAAGCGGAUGACAAGAAGGCCAAGAAGAAGAAGAAGUCUUCUCAAGAGUCGGUUGUCCACGAAUUUGCCAAGACGGUCACUCAGCCCAGCUUCUUGCGCUCAACCGGGGAGGACGUUGCGCCCACGACUACAUUCGAGGAGGGCAAAGGCUGGGUGGAUUCUACAGGUACGAUGAAGGAGCCUGCCAGCGAAAAGGUUCGAAAAGGUGACUUCCGACCUGGUCAAGUCCCCGGGACCAAGGAGAAGCCGCCGAGGAAGAAGUCCAUUCCCAAGGAGAAGACUCCGGAGCCUUUGAGCGAACCUGAAGAUUGGACCUCUUCGAGUGGCUCCUCCGAUGAGAGCUCGGACUCCGAGGGCGAGGGCGAGGUUGACAGCUCCUCUGAUGAUUCAUCCGACUCUUCGGACGAGAAGGCAUCGGAACAACCACUGCCUUCAAAGGAGGCUGUGAAGUCUCCCGAUGCCGAUGCGUCCAACAAUGACAAGUCUGGCUCAGAAGAACCCGAGGAGCCUGCAACUGCUCGAGAUGGUGACGAAUCUUCACCGAAAGAGAUACAUCCUCUGGAAGCACUAUUCAAGCGGCCAGCUCCCGCAGCGGCACCUGAGGAGCAAAUUGUGCCGGAAGCCAACGCUGGAUUCAGCUUCUUCGGUGCCGAUGACAUUGAGUCAGAUGAUGAGCCUCACGUCGAGCCUCAGACUCCCUUCACACCCUUUACCAAGAGGGACUUACAAGAUCGAGGCUUGCGAAGUGCGGCUCCAACCCCAGACACAAGCAUGGUCAGUCGGCGUUUGAACUGGACCGAGGAAGACGACGAGGAGGAAGAUGAAUCAUCCGUUGAUACCCCAGUUUCCAAGGCACGAGGUAUUGAAGCUUCCAAGGAGGAGACUGAAUUUGCUAAAUGGUUCUGGGAGCACCGGGGUGAAAACAAUCGUGCAUGGAAAAAGAGACGGCGUGAUGCAGCCAAGGAGCAGAGACAGAGAGAGAACCGGAAGAAGGGAAUGAAGGGCAGGUCAUGA